AUGUUCCCACUACCGUUAAAUUUCUUUCCUUCAUUGCGCUUGACCAAAGAGGAAGCACAGAGCUUUCUGCAGUGGGGGAAUUCGAUACUACAGCAGACAAUUGAUGCGUACCACCGAGAACAAUUCGACACACAAGAGAUACGAGAGCGCAAAUGGAAACCAAUUAAACAGAGACACAAUCUCACUGUCUAUCGUCGGCGUGAGAUUAAAGGCAAUAGUGAGUACAGAUACUUAUGCACAGGCCGCAUUGAUGGUACCCUAGAUGAAGUGGUCAUGGGUCGCUACGCCGAUAAUACGCCCGACUUUCGACGCAUCUCGGGCGUUUAUCGUGAAGACAUUGUUGACUGUGCCGUAUUGGGUGUGAUAAAGAAACGAAGUCCAAGUGAUCCGUUCUUUCUCUCUUGUUUUAAGUGGAUGACUGUCGAGUCACCGGGCAAAGGACUUGUGAAAAACCGUGACGUUUGUUGGUACGAACAGAUUGGAAUGACUCGCGAUCAUAAUGGAAAAGAAAUCGGCUACACGCUAACUGAAUCUGUCGACUUACCAACGUGUCCGCAAUUUCAAGAGUGCAUACGUGCCAAGCUCUCCGUUUGCUACCUGUAUAAACGUAACAAAAGUGGUGGAGUCAAUGUGUACAUGCGAGGAAAGAAUGAUGCUGGCGGUAAAGUCCUGGACUGGGUGGCGGAUAUUAAAUCUGCAGAGCUUUGGCUGCGGAUUGAACAGGCAAUGUUGGUAGCACAUGCAGUGAUUGCCUCUGCGUUAGUUGAAGCGGGAAAGCACACGACGCGGCCAUUUACCGAUAACAACAAGUGCGAAUUAUGUCUCACCAAAGCCUCGGGCUUCUUUAUCUCGUCAAAAGAAUGUGCUGCUUGUCAUCGUACUACUUGCUCUAGUUGUGUAUCAAAAGUGCGCGUGUUAAGCUCCGACGACUUUCGCUUGCCACAAUAUGAGCAUUUUUGUAAGAAUUGUAUUCGACUUUGUCAUCAAAUCGAUUUACGCGCUCCAGAGAGCAUUGAAAACUUAGUCAAGUACGCGGCAGCAUCAUUGACAGAGAUGGAAAUUUUCAAAAAUCGUACGAGGAGCUCGGCGCGAACGAGAGCAAUUACAAACAAGAGUGGCGAUGGUGAAGACUAUGAAUCUCGUCUUGCUAUGACAGCGUCAAGAAGCCUAAGUAGCAGUGGUGGAUCAACUCGCACGCUUCCGCAGCCCCUUAUUGGCGUCAAGAGGAACGUGAUUUAG